AUGGCGUUACAGCUUGCUGAGGAGGCUCAAAGGAGCCCGGACUCGCCGGCGGCGCGUGCCUUGGCCAGGAGUUCCUUGGAAUUCCAUGCGCCGAUCGCUAGAUCUUUGGGUUACGACUACCCAACCAACUCCAAGAACAUUGCCCUUCUUCCGGUGCCGCACUGCCACACUCUGCCGGCGACGCUGGAGCAUUUCGGGCUCGGGCUCUUGUACCCCUCUGAGUACAAGCUUGUGGUGGACUGGUUUGACCGAGAGUACGGUCUGCUAGACCAGAUCCUCAUGCAUGGCACCCAUGAUGGUACUCAAAAAACGUGCGGUGACGGGGAUGGCUUCGAGUGGAUUCACGACAAAGCCUUGCACGAGAGCAUCGUGGGGAGAGCGUACGAGCAUCACGAGUACAUUGCCAAAGCCAUUUAUGCCUCCGGAGAUCAUCCAGCACCAAUGGUGGACGUGACCAACAAAGUCCGGACUCUCUUCGAUGAUGCUGGAGCCCAAAGCAUGGAGGUCUUCAAACUCUCAGAUUUCAACAGCCAUUUCGGAAAUCCGAAUUCUGAUGCAUCAAAGAUGUUGGAGAUUACACUGCAAGAUGGUCGCGUGUUCUUUUACGAUGAAGAUGAGGAGUGUGCUGUACCGCAUGGGAGGCCAAAAAAAGACAACACUUCACAUCUACGGUGGCAAACAUUUGACGAAGAGACAGUGAUGAGUGAAGCUGAGCUGCUGGAAACUUUGCGCGAUGCCGGAAUCACGUACGAUUCGAAGUACCGGGUAUGUGAUAAGAACCCAGUGGGUGCAAUACAGGAUUUUUGCAAGAAGCACGGCAAGGAGAUCAGUGAGUUCGGCUGCUAUGCCUACCGCACCUUCUCGAACGGUACUUUCGAUGCAUGGAUCCUGUUCGACGACUUCAUCCCAUGCGUGGACCCAGAAAGAAAGAUUUGCUGGAGCUUCCACAGUCAGGACAACAAGGAGAUGUGGCCGAUGCUUCUCGAAAAGGUCAUGAGCACGCGAUCCAACGAUUACAACAUAUGGCCCAAGGCAAACUUGUUUCCCUACUCAUCGCAGAAGUGGAUGUACCGGAUAUGGGAUUACGGCCCGGAGAUGUUCCACAUCAUGGAGCCCAUCGACAGUGCCAGUGGCAGCGGCUUCCAGUUUUUGGAGGAGCACGUGGGCAAGGACGCGGUCUGUGCUUUCGCGUGGGGCAGAGACGGACGGCUCGCGUCGCCUGAGCAGCUUAUGGAGGUUGGCCUCGUUGCAAGUCAUGGCUACUCACUGGUCCAGUGCAAGCGAGUCGGAGACCGCAGGUUUUUGCAGUGCCGAAACCCAUGGGGCACGUUUUCGUGGAAGGGCAAGUUUGGAUUUGGAUACGACUGGAGUGAGGAGCCCGCUCUUGCAACGGAGCUAGCCCCCAACACCAGCAAGACGGACAAUGGCGUUUUCUGGAUAUCUCGGGAGGACAUGUUCCGCUGGUCAAAUCCCAACAUGCGUUUUACCUUGAUCCUCGACGCAUCUGAAGAGCAUGGCUACAAGACCGACUCGCUUUCUGGCGCCAUGGCUUCUGGGGACGACGCCCAGCCCGCCCUGGUCAUCAAGAUGCCCGACCAGGCUUCCAUUGAUGCAGCUGGCACCUCACUCUUCCUAUUCCAAGCCGAGGGCUUCGAUGCGCGCCAAACAAGCCAGUCCAAGCGAUGCUAUGUGGAUGUGUACCAGCUUACGGAGGAUGGACAGCGGGUUUGCUCUUCAAAACCACUCAUUUCGACUCUGGAGCUCGGCCCAUGGUGGGGUCGUGAGACCCCGGCUCACCGACUACACGUUGGCAGCGGGGCACCGAAUCCCUCGGUGCCGGCGGGCUGCUCUCUUCUCUUGGUGGUGCGGCCGCAGCCAGGGCAGCCAGACAAGUCGCGAGUGAUCUUGGAGCAGGGUGAGAAGUUCUUCCUGCGAAUGGCAUCCAAGCCUUACCAUUCACGCUCUGCAGACUUCAAGCCGUUUUCGGCCUUUCUUCCAGUUAAGCAUGCAGUGGUUUCAUCUGCGAAGUAUCACGAAACCGAUGUCACCAACAAGGUGGUAGAGCUUUAUGACAACUCCCGAGAAGACGUGAAAUUAAGUGGAGGGACGUGUGGCCAAGAUGGCGACAACUUUGCUUGCACUGAUUUCAAUGCACUCUUCGGUGACCCUGCGCCGGGUAACCCCAAGCAGCUGACAGUAAGCUUCCAACAGGACGGCGAGGAGAAAACCGUCUCCGUGGAAGAGUCCGGCUGGAUGCGCAUUCCCCGUGCAGGUCAGCAUUCGAGCGAAGGUUGCCCAGAUUAUGAUGACUUUGGAGAGACAUGGGGGAUAAAGCGGGCGAGCUUCGGCCCGCUGGAUGUCACCCAGGCGCUCCGCGGCAUCCUCAGCGACUUCGGGGGGAAGCUGGAGAUCCUCAAGAAGUUCGAGGAGACCUCAGAGGCCAACCUCGGCACAGGAGAUGUCUUCGGCGACCCGGCCCCAGGGGUCCCGAAGAAGCUGAUACUCGAGUUUUCCAGCGGAACCACGAAAAUUUGGGAGGACGGCGACGAGGUGCGCAUCGACGUCUCGGAUUGGAAGCCGGAAGUCAAGCCCUCUCCUGCGCGAGCGGGUGCGGGCCGCGGCGUGGCACUGGCAAAAGCAAGUCGGGAGGGCUGA